CAUCUACAGCAGUAAAGACAAUAAAACAGUGCCAUAUAGUGCUGCUAUGGUCUCUGCCGAUGAUGAUCAUUUUUUCAUUCCUUAUUUUGAGAAGGUGAUUGAUGAUAAGGUCCCGGAGCCACAUUCUGAGAGCACUAGGGCAGAAUAUAAGAGAGAACAGUUCUGUGCUUUAUCUUCUGAGAGAGUUUAUUGCCAAGACUCCAUUUGUGAUGAAGCGUCUGGAUCAAGCAGCUUUUUGGACCUGAAGCCUUUAAGAAGAGCACUGCCUUACCCUCCAGUUAACAAGGGCCUCAGGUCCUACUGUUAUGAUCCCCAGAAUGCCACAGACCAGCCAGAGAUCCUCACUUCCUGUGCACGUACUGAGACUAUGCAGGACCUCCUGGAGCAGAUCCACGAUCAGACCCUUAUACUGAAGGCUGGGAAACCCAACCAACCAUCAUUUUUAGAGUCUGUCAGGAGCUCCAAUCUGGUAAUGGAUUUUAACCCUGUGCGGCGUGGCUCUCGUCCUCAUCAGCCUCAGAUUUCUCUUGGAGCUUCACUAUUACCCCUCAGCCCUGUUGAGAAGACCAAAGAUAAAGCAACCAGUGAGGGCAGAAAUGCAGGAAUUAAAGAGGUAGUGUGUUUUAGGACCACAUCAGACCGAGUGGGUGACUAUAAACUGGGCAGCUGGUGGAAGCAGGCUCUGGAGACCAGAAGAGCCUCCACAGGAUUGCUGCCUGCUAUUGAGCAGGUCCCUGCUGUUACAAAAGAGAAAAGACACUCUCUUUUUCUAGGAUGGCCUCAGUCUCAUGGGCUUAUCAGAGGACUCAAACAAGAGGCUGACCAGGCUACAACGGAUGAGUCAAGCAGAAAAGCUAAAGGCAAAAGGCGCAAACAGGUCAAACAAUUCGGAGAGAGAGCGAGAGGGAGAGAGGCCUCAACAUCGUAGUUAAGUGAUGUUAAAAAAAGCUUUCCAGUUCUGAUUAGCUUGCCAUA